AUGCAUAAUCUACACAGGAGAAGGAACCAUUUUGAAUUAGCAAUUCAAAAGUAUGCCUGUGUCAUCACAAGUCGUGAUGACACUAUUGUAUCCUCUUUUGAACAAGGGAACUGUGUAACUACUGAUAACUUUUAUUCGUCCCCAGAACUGGCAGAAUUGCUAAUAUGGUAUAAAACCGACAUAUAUGGCACAGUUCGCCUGAACAGGAAAAGUAUGCCUAUUGAGCUAAAAAAAAGGAAGUUGAAAAAGGGAGAAAUUGCUGCAUAUCAAAAGGGAAAAGUCAUGGUCCUGAAAUGGAAGGACAAAAAGGAUGUAGCACUACUUUCCACUGUGCACAACAUGGAGAUGAUUGCAGUUACCAGCAGGAAGGAAAAUAAAAUGAAACCAAAAGUGGUAGUGGAUUACAAUGGAACUAUGGGAGGGGUCGACCGUGUAGACCAAAGACUAAGCAGUUACAAUGUCACUAAAAGAAGAGGGAAAAAAUAUUACAAGAAAGAUAUUUCUCCAUUUAUUGGAUAUAGCACUAUGGAAUUCAUAUGUGUUGUACACAAAAUCUGGUGGAAAAAGAAGUCAUCUUCAGUACAGAACGAAAAUAAUAGAAAAACAAUUAUUGAAAAGUACCACUCGGUAGGAAUUUUCUGCCAAAAAAAGGACGUCCUUCUGCUUGAUCACCUGCCCAUCACGUCUGUCUGA